CCCUGAGGUAGGAGCGCCGGCCACCGACGCCCUCCGCUUUCGGCCUGAGGUAACCGGCCUGGCGGCCCCAGGACGUUCCCGACGCAUGGCGGAGUGCUGCGGAUGAUGCCCAUGAAGUUCGUAGUCCUUCUAGUUGCGCUGUUGCUAUGGCCUUCGUCCGUGCCGUCGUAUCGGAGAAUAACUGUGACGCCUGACGAAGAACAAAACUUGAAUCAUUACGUACAAGUUUUGCAGAACCUAGUACUAAGUGUUCCCACUAAGGAGCCAGGUCGUCAGAAAAAGUCAAAGUCUCCAAAUAAUGCUGAUUCUGUAGGAUCGAGGGUAUCAAAAUUUAAGGAGGUAAAGUUUACACGUGAUGAAGCUCCAGCUGAGAAUGAUGUUUUAAUCAAUCCUGUCAGUGAAGAAACUACAGCUUUCCCUACUAGGGGCUUAACAGUGGAAAUAGAGAAGAAAAAACAUACUAAAAGUACAGCUUUCUGGUCAAUUAAACCAAAUAACAUUUCUGUUGUUUUACAUGCAAAAGAACCUUAUAUUGAGAAAGAAGAGCCAGAGCCAGAGCCAACUGUACGUCAAACUGAGGCACCAAAGCAAUUGCCAAGUGUUACUGAAUCAUUUACAAGUCAAGGUGUCACCUCUUUAAGUAGGAACACUGACUUGGAUACUGCCACAGAAGAAGAUGUUCCUCAGCUCUCAGGCGACUAUGAAAUGGAAAAUCCUGAACCACACCAUUUGUAUAAUGAAGACAUUUUGAAAAAAAUUGCAGAUAUUGGUUCACAGGUGCAACAGGUACCUCUUCCUGAGAGCUUCAAGCCAGAAUAUAGAGCAGACAUUCGAGCCUCUAAAGAACACCUAAAACGAAGCCUUGCUCUAGCAGCAGCAGCAGAACAUAAAUUAGAAAAAAUGUAUAAAUCCCAGAUGUUACCACUAGGACAAAGCAGUGAUGGAGUUGAUGACAUUGAAACUGUUAUUAACAUGCUGUAUAAUUCUAGAUCUAAAUUACCUGAAUAUUUAGAUAUUAAAUAUGUUCCACCAGAGAUGAGAGGAAAAGCUACUGCAGUAUUCAAUAUAUUAAAAAAAAUAUUAUGUGUAAGUCAAGGAGAAACUCAAAACCUCAUUAGGAAGUUAUUAAACAAUAACAUAAAACUUUUAAAACUACUUGAUAUUCAUGACAAAGUUGAUCUAAGCUAACUGUGCAUUCAUUCACAGGGGAAAUAAGCAUAUUAGUGAUACAAAAGUUGUAUAAAAAUAUUUUCUAUUGUAGUUCAAUGUGCUAACAUCUUUAUAUGUCAUGUAUUAUGAAAAGUUUUCAUAUACACUAAAACCUAACAAUUUAAAAUAAAAUUUUGGUUCAGGA